AAUUCCCAAAAACUAUUCUUGCUUUACGAGGGCAAAGGAAGCCCUAACCGCGGUUUCCCCGACAUUCCGUUGAUAGGCAAAGACACGCUAUAGGAGAAAAGUGAGAGGAGUGAAACCCCAGGAUCAGCUGAGAAAAUGCCGAUGAAGACUAUGGAUGCAACCGUUGCCACCUUCGACGGUGUCUUGGAAAAGUUCAGAUCGGAAGCCCACAAGAACAAGGCCAAUCUCAUCCUCUUCUUGGCCGACAUCGACCCUUCCACCUCUCUCAGCUGGUGCCCUGAUUGUGUGAGAGCUGAACCUGUCAUUUACAAAAAGCUAGAAGCAUCACCUGAUGAUGUGGCACUCCUGCGAGCAUAUGUUGGAGACAGACCUACAUGGAGGAAUCCCCAACAUCCAUGGAGAGUUGAUUCAAGGUUCAAACUCAAAGGAGUCCCUACGCUUGUCCGAUGGGAAGAUGAAACCGUCAAAGGCCGCCUUGAAGACCAUGAAGCCCACCUCGAACACAAAAUAGAUGCCCUUGUUGCUGGAAAGUAAUAUGCAUGAUCGAUUCCCCAAUAAGGACUGUUUGGAUACAUUUGUAUUGGUAGAAUAAUCUGCAGCUAAACUGGGCAGUUCGCAUGUGUUUAACGCUACUUAAUUACGUUUACAUUCUCUUUUCUAGCCGAUGAAGUACUAUUAUAUGCUUUUGAUAUGUGAGAUUGAAACUUGAAUUAUGUGGAAAUGAACCAGACAAUACCAUCUAUAACAUUUUGCUGGUCA